AUGUUUAAACUAGCUCUGGAGGUUUUUGCGCUCAGAAAGUGGGCCGCCCUAUUACUAAUGGUGGCUACGAAAUAACCCCUGGGCCUGGAAUUAACAGCCAAGUUCACAAGUAACGCAGCGUGAAAACGAAUGAGCCAACGUGCAUAGUUCUGUAGGCAUUCCACGUAUUGUAUUUAUUUUUGUCACAGUCUUUACUACGUUUAUUGAAGAAUAAUAAUUAAAUACAUUGAGUGAUCUACUUUGCUCACAAAGCCCAGAGGAGACGGAAUGGAGAAGGCAGGGCAGGUUUAAGCCGAGCUCUGAGCCCCGAGCUGGAGGGCAGUCGGAACAGCAGCAGGACCCGGACGCCAUGUUCCCGUUCUCUCAUCCCCUUCGCGCCGAUUAGCCUCUCCUGGAAAUUUUCCCCCCGUGCAUUCUAGAACACUGAGACUGAAGAUCCGGUUUGGAUUAUAAAUCUUGCGGGGAGGAUACAUCUCAUCCACCCCUGUCUGCUCUCCUCUUUUUCCCUGCUUUUGUCCUGAAGGCCCCACCUCAUGGAGGGGAUAAGAAGGGAGUCUGGAUAGAGAGUAUUGAAAACGUGCGAAAGUGCUGAAUUAGUGAGAUUUUUUCGGAUCAGGCCGCUGUGAGGCAUCUUCCCCCACCUCCCCCCCCCACCCCCUGACACCCUCCAUCCCUAACCCCCACCCCACCACCACCACCCGCCCGGAGGUCCACAUAAACUAGGCCUGGGAAUAAAGAGAAGUACGGAAGCGCUUUCCCUCUUGCGAGGCGUUUGGAGGAGCGGUAAAGGUUCGGAGAGGCAUAGGGGCGGGAUGAUGGCCGGGAAGCCGACGGGCGGCCCGCUGUGGGUGCUGGUGCUGGCCGGCCUGGCGGUGUCGGCCGGGGCGCUGGAGUUCGCGGGCACCCCGGGGCAGUGGGCGCGGUACGGGCGCUGGGACGCGGGCUCCACCGGCGAGCUCAGCUUCAGCAUGAAGACCAACGUCAGCAAGGCGCUGGUGCUCUACCUGGACGACGGCGGCAACUGCGACUUCCUGGAGCUGCUGGUGGCGGGCGGCCGGCUGCAGCUGCGCUUCGCCAUCCACUGCGCCGAGCCCGCCACGCUCCUCAUGGAGACGCCGGUCAGCGACGAGCGCUGGCACAUGGUCCUGCUCACCCGCAACUUCCGCCAGACCAUGCUGGUGGUGGACGGCGAGGCCAAGGUGGCCGAGGUCAAGUCCAAGCGGCGGGAGAUGGCGGUGGUGAGCGACCUCUUCGUGGGCGGGAUCCCGCCGGACGUGCGCCUCUCGGCCCUCACCUCCAGCACCGUCAAGUACGAGCCGCCCUACGUGGGCCUGGUCGCCAACCUGAAGGUGGGCGACGCCCCUCCCUCCCUGGUCAACAGCCAGGGCAUCGACAGCGAUGUGGAGUACCUGUGCACCAAUCAGAACCCCUGCCUGAACGGGGGCUUCUGCUCCGUCCAGCGCGGGGAGGUGACCUGUGACUGCUCCCUCACACGCUACAGAGGGAAGUACUGCAGCGAGGCAGAAGAGCGCGCGGUGGAAGGUCUGGCGCACCUGAUGGUAAACAGCCAAGGUGAAUCAUCGCAGACUGGGAAAGAGGAGUCGGUGGCCACCUUCAAGGGGAACGAGUUCUUCUGCUACGACCUGUCGCUGACGCCCAUCCAGAGCAGCACGGACGAGAUCACGCUGUCCUUCCGCACCCUGCAGCGCAACGGGCUGAUGCUGCACACGGGCAAGUCGGCCGACUACGUCAACCUGUCGCUCAAGAGCGGCGCCGUCUGGCUGGUCAUCAACCUGGGCUCGGGGGCCUUCGAGGCGCUGGUGGAGCCCGUCAACGGCAAGUUCAACGACAACGCCUGGCACGACGUGCGCGUCACCCGCAACCUGCGCCAGCACGCAGGCAUUGGACACGCUAUGGUCACCAUUUCAGUGGAUGGGAUCCUGACCACCACGGGCUACACGCAGGAGGACUACACCAUGCUGGGCUCGGACGACUUCUUCUACAUCGGGGGGAGCCCCAACACGGCCGACCUGCCCGGCUCCCCCGUCAGCAACAACUUCAUGGGCUGCCUGAAGGACGUGGUGUACAAGAACAACGACUUCAAGCUGGAGCUGUCCCGUCUGGCGAUGGAGCAGGACCCCAAGAUCAGCCUGCACGGGGACCUGGUGUUCCACUGCGAGGACGUGGCGGCGCUGGACCCCGUCACCUUCGAGACGCCCGAGUCCUUCGUCGCCCUGCCCCGCUGGAACACCAAGAAGACGGGCUCCAUCUCCUUCGACUUCCGCACGGUGGAGCCCAGCGGCCUGCUGCUCUUCAGCCACGGCCGCCUGGCGGGGCCCAAGGAGCAGCGGCCCGACCGCCAGCUGAAGGCCGACUACUUCGCCAUCGAGCUCCUGGACGGCUUCCUCUACCUGCUCAUGGACAUGGGCUCCGGCAGCAUCAAGAUGAAGGCCACCAACAAGAAGGUCAACGACGGGGAGUGGUGCCACGUGGACUUCCAGAGGGAGGGCCGCAAAGGCUCCAUCUCGGUGAACAGCCGGAGCACCCCGUUCUUCUCCAACGAGGGCAGCGAGAUCCUGGACCUGGACAGCGACAUGUUCCUGGGGGGCCUGCCGGAGCCGCGGGCGGGCCUGGUGCUGCCGCCGGAGGUGUGGACGGCGCUGCUCAACUACGGCUACGUGGGCUGCGUGCGCGACCUCUUCAUCGACGGCAAGAGCCGCGACGUGCGCCGGCUGGCCGAGAUGCAGAGCGCGCCCGGCGUCAGCAGCUUCUGCACCCGCGAGCUGCAGAAGCGGUGCGGCAGCGCCCCCUGUGGCGGCCGCGGGCAGUGCAGGGAGGGCUGGAACCGCUACAUCUGCGACUGCACCGGCACCGGCUACCUGGGCCGCAACUGCGAGACCGAGGCCACCGUGCUCAGCUACGACGGCAGCAUGUACCUGAAGAUCAUCAUGCCCGGCACGCUGCACACGGAGGCGGAGGACGUGGCGCUGCGCUUCAUGUCCCAGAGGGCCUACGGCCUGCUCAUGGCCACCACCUCCAAGGAGUCCGCCGACACCCUGCGCCUGGAGCUGGACGGCGGGAGAGUCAAGCUCACCGUCAACCUAGAUUGUAUCAGGAUAGACUGUAAUCUCAGUAAAGGACCGGAGACGGUGUUCGCUGGACAGAAGCUGAACGACAACGAGUGGCACGCAGUGAAGGUGGUGCGCCGUGGGAAGAGCCUGCAGCUCUCUGUGGACAACGUGACCGUGGAAGGCCAGAUGUCUGGUGCCCACACGCGGCUGGAGUUCCACAGCAUCGAGACGGGCAUCAUGACGGAGCGCCGCUUCAUCUCGGUGGUGCCCUCCAACUUCAUCGGGCACCUGCAGGGGCUCUACUUCAACGGGGUGCCCUACCUGGACCAGUGCAAGAACGGGGACAUCUCGCACUGCGAGCUCAACGCCCGCUUCGGCAUGCGCCACAUCAUCGCCGACCCCGUCACCUUCCGCAACCGGCCCAGCUACCUGGCGCUCGCCACCUUGCAGGCCUACGCCUCCAUGCACCUCUUCUUCCAGUUCAAGACCACCUCCUCCGACGGCCUGCUGCUCUACAACAGCGGCGACGGCAGCGACUUCAUCGUGGUGGAGCUGGUCAAAGGGUACAUCCACUACGUCUUCGACCUGGGCAACGGCCCGUCGCUCAUGAAGGGGAACUCCGAAAAGCAGCUCAACGACAACCAGUGGCACAACGUGGUGGUGUCCCGGGACGCCAGCAACGUGCACACGCUGAAGAUCGACUCCCGAACCGUCACCCAGCACUCCAACGGAGCCCGCAACCUGGACCUCAAAGGAGAGCUGUUCAUUGGUGGUGUGGAGAGGAGCAAGUACAACAGCCUGCCCAAACUCAUCGCGUCCCGGGACGGGUACCAGGGCUGCCUGGCCUCUGUGGAUCUGAACGGGAGACUGCCGGACCUGAUCGCCGACGCCCUCCACAGGGAGGGGCUGGUGGAGCGGGGCUGUGACGGCCCCAGCACAACCUGUACGGAGGACUCCUGCUCCAAUCAGGGGGUGUGUCUCCAGCAAUGGGAGGGCUUCUCCUGCGACUGUACCAUGACGUCCUACGGGGGUGCACACUGCAGCGACCCUGGGACCACGUAUAUUUUCGGGAGAGGAGGAGCCCUCAUCACCUACACCUGGCCCCCCAACGACCGGCCGAGCACAAGGGCGGACCGGCUGGCGGUGGGGUUCAGCACGCAGCUGAGAGAGGCCAUUCUGGUGCGGGUGGAGAGCGCCACGGGGCUGGGAGACUACCUGGAGCUGCACAUAGAACUGGGAAAGAUCGGCGUGAUCUUCAACGUGGGAACCGAUGACAUCGCCAUCGAGGAGCACGGGGUCAUGGUGAGCGACGGCAAAUACCACGUGGUGCGCUUCACGCGCAGCGGAGGCAACGCCACGCUCCAGGUGGACAACCAGCCCGUCAUCGAGCGCUACCCAAUAGGGAACUAUGAUAAUGAACGCCUGGCUAUUGCUAGACAGAGAAUCCCAUACAGAAUUGGUCGGGUAGUUGACGAAUGGCUACUCGACAAAGGGAGACAGCUGACCAUCUUUAACAGUCAGGCGGCGAUAAAAAUCGGGGGUCAGGACAGGGGCCUGCCGUUCCAGGGCCAGAUCUCUGGGCUCUACUACAACGGGCUGCAGGUGCUCAAGCUGGCGGCCGAGGGGGACCCCAACGUGCAGGCGGUGGGGAACCUGCGGCUGGUGGGGGACGUCCCGUCCGUCCUCACCACGGAAACCACCUCCGCCACCCCGCUGGCCGACAUGUCCACCACCAUCAUGGAGACCACCACUACCAUGGCAACCACAACCACGCGCAAACAGCGCUCCCCCACCAUGCGGGACAGUGUCACACAGAACACGGACGACCUGCUGGUGGCCUCGGCCGAGUGCCCGACCGACGACGAGGACCUCGACGAGUGCGAGCCUGGAACAGGAGGUGAAUUAGUGUUGCCCAUAAUUACAGUGGACUCCCUAGACCCCCCGUCCGUCGCCACCCGUUACCCCGUAAUCCCCCCUCCCCCCACCUACCGCCCCUUCCUGACCUUGCUCGAGACCACCAAAGAGUCCCUGACGCUGGCCACUGCCCGCCCCCCCUGCCCCCUGGAUCAGGAGGACUGUGAGGACCCCAUCGAGGUGUCGGCUUUCGGGUCGGGGGAGAUGACCGAGUCCGACGACGAGGACUAUUACAAAAACUCCCCCCUCGACACCGACAGGACGGUCCUGCCCCCCCCGCCGGCGGUGGCGGCGGAGGGCGGGGCUCUGAACCCCCGCGGCGACCGUCACUUCUCCAGGCCUCCCCAGUCCCACCGCCCUUCCUCCUCCUCCUCCUCCUCCUCCUCCACCCCGACCGCCAACCCCGACCAGCUCCCCCACCUAAAGCCGGGCGCCGGCGGCAACAUCCCCGCGGGCAAAAUGAACACCCGCGACCAGGUGCUGCUGCCGCCCGCCGCCCCCUCCCACGAGCCGGACCACGGGGGGCGGCACCGGCACGCGCCCGGCGUAACCUACCCACCCGAUUUCCGCAAUCUGCCCACAGCCAACCCCACGUCGCCGGGGGAGCGGGGCCCGCCGGGGGCGGUGGAGGUGAUCCCAGAGUCCAGCAGCACCACGGGCAUGGUGGUGGGCAUCGUGGCGGCCGCCGCCCUCUGCAUCCUCAUCCUCCUCUACGCCAUGUACAAGUACCGCAACCGCGACGAGGGCUCCUACCAGGUGGACCAGACGCGCAACUACAUCAGCAACUCGGCCUCGCAGAGCAACGGCGCCGUCGUCAAGGAGAAACCGCCGGGCACCGUCAAGACCACCACCAAGAACAAGAAGAACAAGGACAAGGAGUACUACGUCUGAGACCCACCAAAGGGGGUGGGGGUGGGGGGAGAGGAGGGAUGCAGGGUUUUUUUGGGGGGUUUUUGAUUUUUAUUUUUAUUUUUAUUUUUGAGGGGGGGAUGGAUUUCAUUCCCGACUCAGCUCAACCUCAAGCCAUGUUUCAGGGUCUCCUGACAGCCAUUACCCCCUUCUUCUUCGAUGGACGAGGCUUUGGGACAGAGCAACCUUUUUCGCCUGGAGCUCCUCCUGUCCUCCCCUCACGCUCUCCCUCCCCUCCUCAGUUGACUUCAGCGGAAAGAGAGAAUAGAGUGAAGUAGAGCAGAAUGCUUCUCAUUUUUUUCUUUCUUCUUGUCUAAUCAUCAGCGAAGAACAACUGAACUCUCGAUUCUUGCCGUCCUUCCUUUUCCUUCAUCCUCAUCCCAUUAUCAUCUCCACUUGUAGCGUUUGGUUUGGUCUAUUUAAUUAUUAUCUUGGGGGCAGAAAAAAAGGUCCUUGCAGUGUUACAUUUUUGUACUACACUCGAGGUGGCUGCUAAACGUCACCCUGGCUCUGUCUGAGCUCAGUAAUGGUUCGGUUGUGUGUUGAAGGAUUGAGCUCCGUGUGUGGGAGACCCUGGUAGUUUCAGCUUACACAGUGAGGGACAGUUCAGAGAAGAGACCACACUAGUGUACCACAGGGGGGUUCCUGAGUCUUCAGCGGGGCUGUUAAACGAGAGGCCGCUGGAGACAGGGGCCAACCCAGCGCAAGCCGAAGAGAAGGCAACCGUGGGCACUGCAAGCCGACAUAACAGGGUUAAAGCUGUGUGUGUAGCAUUGUGAAACCCCACCACCAGCUACACCUGUCUGCCUUCUCCUUCAAAUCCUGCCUCCCUCCAUCCUCCAUCUCUCCCUCUCUUUCGCUCUCUCUCAGUCGCUCUCCUACUCUCACUUUCUCUCUCUCUCUCUGACUCAUUGUCAUUCUCUCCCUUCCUCUCUGCUCGUUUUUUCUUCUCCCCACCAUGCUGGUCUCCAUCCUUUCUUUUUCUCUUCCUCCAUGGUGCUAAUGCAACAUUAUCCAGCCGCAGUUUCAAGCAUGUGGUGUUCAUUUACUGCAAGAGGGGGAACAAGCUGAACAUCGAGCGACCUGAAAACAGACGUAGAACAAUGCAGUAGUAUGUUCAGCGACCGAAUUCUCCGCGCCAAACUGGUUGUUUUGGGGGCUAUUUUUGUUUGUCUCUCGUGAGCUUUGGGGAUCCAACAAUAUCGACCUGCCGCUGAGUCCAGCAGGAAGACUGGUCUGGACUUUCAGAGCAGAACUGUCGACAUUGAAAAAAACCUGCAACAGCAAAGCGAUUUGCUCUAUAUAAAUAUAUAUAUGUAAAUAUAUAUAGAACUUUCAGAAAUCUAUGGACUCCACAAAAAGAUUGCAAGGAAGUAGGACUGAAAAUAUAUGUGUGUUUGUAUCAGCUUAUUGACAAACAAACAUAAAAAGACUUCUGUCAGGCAAGCCCCCCCCCCUUCUCCCCCCCCAUACAUCCAAAUACAGAAACAGACCCGCAAAGGCAGCAGCCAUAUUCUUGAGUACCUGCUGAUGAAGACAAAGAAUUAAAGAAACAGGUUUUGGGGUCUUCCUUCUUUUUUUUUUGCCUUUUGCAAGUCAUUUUUUUGGGGGAGUGAGCCUUAGGGGCAUCAGUGGGAGUACAGUUGUCUCGUGUUCAGACAUCGCCUCGUCGCCUCUUACUUCAGAGAGGUCACCAGAGGAACUUCCUGUGGAGAACAGGAAAUGGAAAUGUUUCCACCCAUCGUGAACAGAACUCUAGUAUUCCUAUUCUUUUCUUGACUACAUGAACUGAAACUGUUCCAUGACCAGAAGAAAAAGAAAAAAAAAACAUUAAAAAAAAGUUUGUGAAAUGUCUAGAUAUUUGACCCUCACCCCCAUCAUUAAGAAUAGUGUUUUAUCCCCUGUUGCUACCCCCUGUUUGAGAAAAUAAGACGGUCAGACUGGGGAAAGGCAAUUUGUAUGUUCAUUUUUCGUAAUUGAAUGACGUGGUUUGGGUUUUAAAAAAUAAAUAAAUAAAUGACCAUAAAUGUUUUUCAUCUUCGGCGGCAUGAGAGGGGUUCUCUCCGCAACACCUCAUCAAAACUCCUGACACCAUCUGUGUCAUUUCUGUGAUGACUACUUCCGUUGCAUUUCCACGAGGACAUAACUGAUUGUAAGUAUGUGAAUCCAUUCCAGAGAAACCAACGGGGAGGCAGUUUCAUAUAUAUUUUUCCCUUUUGUUUCAGAUAUAUUUUUAAUGACAUUUAUUUAUACAGGAGUAAAAGCAGCCCAGUACUACAAGGGCAGCUGUGGUCAUCCGGUUUUUAAAUUUUGGUUCAUUGCUUUUUUUAAUCAUUUAUUUUUAUAUAUUUUAACAAACUGUGCAAAACAUUGGCUGCUCCCAGUAUAUUCCUGUUCUUAUUAAAUGUUACUGUAACUUGUUACCGUGAGAUGAAUCUAAUUAUGUGUACAUUAACAGAGGGUAAAUACAAUUGGUUAUAUACUUCUUA